AUGUCCAACCCUGUGAAAGUGAACCCUGACUUACAAAAAGAAAGAGAGAAGUGCACAUUUAAUGUAAUUGAACUGACCAAUGUUAUAGAUGGAGGUCCUCAGAAAACUGAGGAAAGAAAAAAACGAGAGGAAAUGGUGUUCAAGGAGGGUAUUCACAUUGACGAGGUGCCGUCCGACUACCUUAGCCAUAAGGAGAAGUAUGAGCUGGCGAUUAAGAAGGCCUGUUUGUUAUUCAAGAUGAUGCGAAGGCUGCAAGAAGAAGAGAAUGCCGGAAUGGAGAACUAUAUGGCGCUCUUAGGUGGCACACUAGGCUCAGCAAUUCUGGGCGACGGCUCUCCUCUCACGUUGCACUAUGUGAUGUUCAUACCGACGCUAAUGGGCCAGGGCACAGUCGAGCAACAGGCUUACUGGAUCGGCAGGGCAUUCAAUCUCAACAUCAUUGGCACAUACGCACAGACUGAGCUCGGUCACGGCACGUUUAUCCGCGGUUUGGAGACGACUGCUACGUACGACGCCUCCACUAAAGAGUUCGUGCUGCACAGCCCAACUCUCACCGCAUACAAAUGGUGGCCCGGCGGCUUGGCUCACACGGCAAACUACUGCGUGGUCAUGGCCCAGCUCUACACACAAGGGAAGUGCCAUGGCAUACACCCAUUCAUCGUACAGUUACGAGACGAGGAGACGCAUAUGCCGUUACCCGGCAUCAAGGUUGGCGAGAUUGGAGCAAAGUUGGGCAUGAACGGCACGAAUAACGGCUUCCUCGGCUUCGACCACGUGAGGAUACCAAGGGAGCAUAUGCUAAUGAAGAACUCUAAGGUUUUAGAGGACGGAACAUAUGUGAACGUAACUAGUUCGAAGCUGACAUACGGCACCAUGAUGUUCGUGCGCGUGAUGUUGGUGCACGACGUGUGCAACUACAUGGCCAAGGCGGUCACCAUCGCCACGAGGUACUCCGCGGUAAGAAGACAAUCACAACUGAGGCCCGACGAGCCAGAGCCUCAAAUCCUGGACUACGUAACUCAGCAACACAAACUGCUGAUCGGUACGGCAUCUGUGCACGCGUUUCGGCUGUGCGCCGGCUGGUUGUGGGACAUGUACAACAACGUCACCGCCGAGCUGGAGAGCGGAGACCUUGAAAGACUGCCAGAGCUGCACGCGCUGUCGUGCUGCCUGAAGGCGAUCGCGACGAGCGACGCGGCGGCGUGCGUGGAGCGCUGCCGGCUGGCGUGCGGCGGCCACGGCUACAUGCUGGCCUCCAACCUGCCGCUCAUGUACGGGCUCGUCACCGCCGCCUGCACCUACGAGGGCGAGAACACCGUCAUGCUGCUGCAGACCGCCAGGUACCUGGUGAAGGCGUGGCACCAGUCAGGUGCUGCACUGCCCCCCACCGUGGCGUACCUGGCGCGGGCACGCGACACUCGCCUCACGCAUUCUCAGCCGUGGCGCAACGAGCUCGAUGCCAUAGUCGACGGAUUCCAACGCAUCGCUGCCGGGAAAAUUGCACUAUGCGUGGCUCAAAUCGAAAAACGACAGAAGAGUGGUAUGCCAUACGAGGAUGCCUGGAAUAUGACCUCCGUGCAGCUAACAUCAGCGUCUGAGGCACAUUGCCGCGCUUUUAUUCUGUCCAGUUUCCAAAAAGAAACUGAGAAAUUGGUGAAAACGGUGUCUGCUCCACUGCGCAUAGUUCUUCUGCAGCUCGUAGAAUUGUACGCGGUGUAUUGGGCACUGCAAUGUGUUGGAGAUUUACUAAGGUUCUCAUCAAUAUCGGAACGCGACAUCGAAGGUCUUCAAAACUGGUAUGAAGAUUUAUUGUUCAAGCUCCGACCGAACGCAGUGGGAUUGGUAGACGCCUUCGACAUUCGAGAUGAGAUUUUACGUUCAGCUCUCGGCGCAUACGACGGUCGUGCAUACGAGAGGCUCAUGGAAGAAGCUAUGAAGAGUCCACUCAACGCGGAACCCGUCAACCAAAGCUUCCAGAAAUAUCUAAAGCCCUUCAUGCAAGGAAAACUAUAG